AUGUCACUGCGUCCGUCCACUGCUCCUCUGCGUGCCCCUUUGCCUUCUCCUCCUGCUUCCUCUCUUCCUGCUCUUGCCGACCCGGAGUCGGACUCUCUUCGUGCUGCCAGUCCUACUGUCACACGUCUCCUUGCUACUGCUGUCACUGACCCUUCCUUCGAGUCGUCUGCUGCGUCUGCCCUUGUCACUGAGCUUGUCGACUUUGCUGCGCGCUGUCGUCUAGACUACGCUGCUCGUCUUGUCGCUGAGUCUGAGUCCGCCUGUCCUCCGUCCGUCGGGGGUGAGUGUGCCCUUGGCACGGACGUCCUAGAGGACAGGCAGGAGGAGUUCCAGUGUCUAGCCGCUGCUUCACCUCGUCUCGCGUCUGUACUGCUAGCCCCUGAGGGAGACCCGGAUGCACUAGACAUCCCGACUCCGCGUUCUUACGCGGAGGCCGUAGAGGGUCCCUACUCCUCUCAGUGGCAGGCAGCCAUGGAUGCAGAGAUGGCUUCCUGGAAGUCCACAGGCACCUACGUUGACGCGGUUCCCCCUCCUGGGGCGAACAUCGUCAGUGGCAUGUGGAUCUUCAGGGUGAAGCGGCCGCCGGGCUCGCCGCCUGUCUUCAAGGCGCGUUACGUGGCUCGUGGCUUCAGUCAGCGGCAGGGAGUUGACUACUUUCAGACCUUCUCUCCCACCCCGAAGAUGACCACUCUUCGGGUGCUGCUGCACAUUGCCGCUCAGCGCGACUACGAGCUUCACUCUCUCGACUUCAGCACUGCGUUCCUGCAGGGUAGCCUGCACGAGGAGAUCUGGCUGCGCCGUCCGCCUGGCUUCACUGGGACUUUCCCUCCUGGCACCCAGUGGAGCCUCCGACGGCCAGUCUACGGUCUCCGCCAGGCACCGCGUGAGUGGCACGACACACUGAGGACUACGCUUGCGGCUCUUGGGUUUGCUCCUUCUACUGCUGACCCGUCGCUGUUUCUUCGCACCGACACUUCCCUGCCGCCGUUCUACAUCCUCGUGUACGUCGACGACUUGGUCUUUGCCACAGCGGACACUGCUGGACUCGCCUACGUGAAGUCCGAGCUGCUGAAGAGACACACGUGCACAGACCUGGGUGAACUGCGCAGCUACCUUGGCUUGCAGAUCACUCGGGACAGAGCACGCCGCACCAUUACCCUGACUCAGUCACACAUGGUGCAGCAGGUCCUUCAGCGCUUCGGCUUCACGUACUCCUCGCCUCAGGCCACUCCUCUGCCUACUCGCCACUCACUCUCAGCUCUGCCUUCGGAUGAGUCCGUAGAGUCGAGUGGUCCGUAUGCAGAGCUUGUUGGCUGCCUCAUGUACCUGAUGACCUGCACUCGACCUGACCUUGCAUACCCUCUGAGCAUCCUUGCACGCUAUGUUGCUCCUGGGAGACACCGACCAGAGCACAUGGCUGCAGCGAAGAGGGUAUUGCGCUACCUGUGCAGUACGUCGGGCAUGGGGCUAGUGCUUGGAGGGCGGAGUCCAGUGGUCCUUACUGGGCACGCAGACGCUUCUUGGGCUGACGACCAGGCUACGCAGCGGUCGUCACAGGGUUACACCUUCAGCCUUGGUUCCGGCUCUGUCUCGUGGCGGUCUACUCGCUCGUCUUCGGUUCUCGGCUCCAGUUGUGAGGCUGAGAUCUACGCCGGGGCCAUGGCUGCACAGGAGCUUCGCUGGCUCACCUACCUGCUGACUGACCUUGGAGAGCUGCCUCGUUCUCCUCCAGUGCUGUACGUAGACAACAAGGCCAUGUUGGCCUUGUGUCGAGAGCAGCGCUUGGAGCACAGAACGAAGCACAUUGCUCUCCGCUACUUCCUUGCUCGUGAGCUGCAGCAGCGUGGUCAGUUGCGACUUGCUUACAUUAUUAUAGCUGAUGCAUGUUUGUAG